GCCCGGUGGGGCGCCGAGCCGACAGCGCUGGCGCAGGGACGGCUUCCGGACUCCAGGUACCUCGCUUCCUCGCAGUUGGUCCCCAGCGUCUCUCCUUUCAGCUGCGGCAAGGUCUCGGGGCCGCAGAACUGCAACCUUACCAAUGGACCUGGUUGGUUUUGGUUAUGCAGCCCUCGUGACAUUUGGAAGCAUUUUGGGAUAUAAGCGGAGAGGUGGUGUUCCAUCUUUGAUUGCUGGUCUUGUAGUUGGGUUUUUGGCUGCCUAUGGAGCUUACCGUGUCUCCAAUGACAAACGAGACAUAAAAGUGUCACUGUUUACAGCUUUCUUCCUGGCCACCAUAAUGGGUGUGAGGUUUAAGAGGUCCAAGAAAAUAAUGCCCGCUGGGCUGGUUGCCGGUUUAAGCCUCAUGAUGAUCCUGAGACUUGUCAUGUUACUGCUCUGAGCAUCCAGCGGAACCACAAACCAAGUCUGUGUCAUCCUCCUGUCACGAGCAGGGCAUAUUCUUUGUAAAAGAUAAAUUUCUUUAUUAUUAUUAUUUUUUGACUAUACCAAUAGAUUUGAGGUUCAAGUAAAAGAUAAAUUUCAAUAUGGAAUUUUCAAUAUGUCUUAUUUUCUGCUGGGAACAAAAGUAACACUGUCACCUCUAAACACAAGUUUGAGAUGGUUUUUUUUAGAACAAAAACUUGUCAAGCAUUGUUUUCAUUAAAGAUGUUUAAUCAUAAUAUGCUGUCCCAUUUGCUGGGUCUAUUUUAAUAUAGGUGGCAUUUUUUGACAAUUUCAAAUGCUCACGUCUCAAGUAAGUUUAAAUUAAACUAUAGUUUAUCAAAUAAAGGAAUUCCUUAAGUGGAUAUCACAGAGCGCUAAUGUAGCUAUUUGUGGUUUGUGUUGUAUUAGAAAUUACUAGAAAUUAUAUUUUUCCAUUUUAAUUGUAUUGCUGCCAGUGUUAUUUUGCCUUUAAAAAAAUUUCAUUCU